AUGGUUGGCGCACGCCAUUCCGAGCUAAGCAAUAAUAUAAAUAGCACUUCUAUAUACCGAUUUUUGUACCAUCCCACUGCUAUUUCCAUGUCUGCGGAAAUGUAUCGCGCCCGGUCCGGCGAGACCGUCGAUUCUGUGAAGCCCUUUGAUGUCGACGACGAGGGAAGAGAGCUUGCUGAGUUGCACAACUCCGUUACACACCAUUCCAUGGGACAAGGGCAACAAGGCGAUGUUUUGACCCGUUUGUCCACCUUGUCGCGUACUAUGUCGAAGAUGAACGCCAAGCAAAUGGAAAAGCUCGAAAUUGAUCCCAACGAUUUCGAUCUCAAGCGUAUUCUCGAGUACAUGAAGGGAAGGUCCAACGAGCAGGGCAUUGGGGGCCGCACCACCGAUCUUAUUUUUGAGGACCUGGAGGUCGUUGGUAAGAAUACCGCCGUCUCCAUUGUGCCUACGGCGGGCGACAUAUUUUUUGGCCCCUUUUUGAAACUCGUCGACAGAUUCUCCAACAAGCAGCAGCCAACUGACAUUGUCAAACUGGAGAAAACAAGAAAAAUUCUCCAGGGAUUCAAUGGAAUCUGCGAAGCAGGCACCAUGACGCUUGCACUGGGCAGGCCGGGAAGCGGAUGCUCGACGCUUUUGAAGGCACUUACGGGAGAGACUCAGACCUAUAUCGGUACAUCAGGUGAGGUCAUCUAUAAUGGUAUCUCCCAAGCGGACAUGAUGAAAUACUUCAAAAACCAGGUCAUCUAUAACCCAGAACUGGAUGUGCAUUAUCCCUAUCUGACUGUGGAGCAGACAAUGAAUUUUGCCAUUGGCUGCAAGACCCCAAAGAUCAGAAUCGAUAAUCUUUCUCGGUCUGAGUACAUCAGAACCAUCAAGGACCUUUAUUUGACCUUGUACGGUUUGAAGCACGUGGAAAAGACGCUUGUGGGUAAUGACUUCGUGAGAGGUAUUUCUGGUGGACAGAGAAAGCGUGUUUCUAUUGCUGAGGCCAUGGCUACUCGUGCCUCUGUUUACUGUUUCGAUAACGCAACCAGGGGUUUGGACGCAUCCACUGCUCUGGAGUUUGUCGAAUCUCUCCGUACCAUGACUAAUAUCACUCAAUCGACUUCCAUUGUGACCAUCUACCAGGCCUCGGAAAACAUCUACCAAUUAUUCGACAACGUUACAGUUCUGUACAACGGAAGACAAAUUUAUUUUGGUCCUAUCGAAGAUGCAGUUGACUACUUCCAGAGACUUGGAUUUGUCAAGGGUGCCAGAGAAACCAGCGCUGAAUUCCUGACUUCGGUCACCGAUCCCCUUGCCAGAAAAGUUGCUUCAGGAUUCGAACACAAGGUGCCUAGAAAUGCAGACGAGUUUGAAGCCCGCUGGCGGUCUUCUCCGGAGUUUGACGCUCUGAUGAAGAAGAUUGCUGAGAAAAAGGCCGCCUACGAUCCUUCUGCAACCUAUGAUAAUUUCCGUUCCGUGCACUCUCUCGAGAAGCAGAAAUUCACGGGUGCCAAAUCCAGAUAUGUGGUGAAUUACCUCGAGCAACUCAAGUUGUGCACCAAGAGAGGCUUCCACAACAUUGCCAACAACAGCGCCUACACGGCCACUUUGAUGGUUGCUGCCUUAGUGCAGUCUUUAAUUGUCGGCUCCCUUUAUUAUAAUACCCCAUCGUCGACCAUCGGCGCAUUCCCUAAGGGAGGUGCGAUUUUCUUUGUCUUGCUCUAUUUCAGUAUCAUGUGUUUGGCCGAGAUGUCUGCCUUCUUUGAAAACAAGCCAAUCACCAACAAACAACGAGGAUACUCGUUUUUCCAUCCGUCUGCUGACCUAGUGUCGAGUUUCCUUACCCAGACACCUGUCAGAGCCGUUGCCAUACUGGUGUUCUCACUGGUUCUUUACUUCAUGUCCAACCUAAAGAGAGAAGCUGGUCCGUUCUUUGCAUUCAUUCUGUUCACCAACAUUGUUGUCCUGGCAGUCAACUGUAUGUUCGUCCUGAUUGCCUCGCUGUCCCCAACGCUUUCCGCAGCCAACGGGUUCGCGGGUAUCAUCAUGAUGUCUACCAUCUUGUACAGUUCCUAUAUGAUCCAGCGGCCGUCGAUGUACUGGUGGUUCAAGUGGUUUUCGUACAUGAACCCAAUUCUCUACGGCUUUGAAUCUCUCAUCACUUUGGAGUUCAGAGGACGCAAGAUGCCUUGUGCACCUUCUCAGAUCAUUCCAAGAGGUCCUGGCUAUGAGAAUAUCAGUCCAGAUAACAGGGUUUGUGCGUUCACAGGAGCAAGUGCUUCCAGGGCUCUUUAUGGUUCCGGGGAUUACGUUUCGGGAGAAGUCUACCUCAGCUACAGUUUCCAGUACACUUUCGAUCAUUGUUGGAGAAACUUUGGAAUCUUGAUUGGAUUUGUCGUUGGCUUCCUGGUCAUAAACAUGAUCAUUGUCGAGUUUUACAAUCCAAUGGUGGCAACUUCUGACCAGCUCUUAUUCGUGAAAGGAGCUAAAUUGCCAGACUCUCUCUUGGAGGCCACUGGCCAAGCACGUCCAAAGAGUGACGAGGAGAGUGCAGGAAAUUCGCGUACUGACACUAAGAGCGAGGUUGAUGAGGCUCAACACUCUACCGCGGACACUACCGGCGAAAAACUCGGCUCGAACGAUAUUUUCAUGUGGCAGCAUGUUAACUAUGUCGUUCCUUAUGAAGGAGAGGACCGUAAGCUCUUGGAUGAUGUGCAAGGGUACGUCCUUCCAGGAACGUUGACCGCCUUGAUGGGCGAGUCUGGUGCCGGUAAGACGACACUGCUCAAUGUUUUGUCCAGAAGAACCGAUGUCGGUGUUGUCACCGGUGACAUGCUGAUCAACGGUAAGCCAAUCGACAGCUCGUUUGAAAGAAGAACCGGUUACGUCCAGCAACAAGAUCUACAUAUUGCAGAGCUGACUGUUCGUGAGUCGCUGAUUUUUGCGGCCAGACUGAGAAGACCAGCAGAUGUUCCGGACGAAGAGAAAAUUGCCUAUGUCGACAAAAUCUUGCAGAUCCUGAACAUGGAGGAGUAUGCUGACUCCGUCGCUGGAGAGGUUGGUUACGGUCUUAACGUUGAGCAACGUAAGAAGCUGUCGAUUGCCACCGAGCUUGUGGCCAAGCCAUCGUUGCUUCUGUUCUUGGACGAGCCUACGUCUGGACUGGAUUCUCAGUCUUCGUGGGCCAUUGUUCAGGUCUUGAGAUCGCUAGCUGCUGCCGGCCAGGCCAUUCUAUGUACUAUUCACCAGCCCUCGGCCACUUUAUUUGAGCAGUUUGACCGUCUGCUUCUUUUGAGGAGAGGAGGUCAAACCGUCUACUUUGGCGACAUUGGGCCAAACUCGCGCACCAUGUUAGACUACUUUGAGUCGAAUGGUGCCAGAAAAUGCAGUCCGAGCGAAAACCCUGCGGAGUACGUCUUGGAAGUCAUCGGGGCUGGUGCCACCGCUGUCACUGACAAGGACUGGCACGAAAUUUGGAAAAAUAGUACCCUUUACGAGAAGACGUGCGCAGAUGUGGAGAAAUUAAUCAACGACACCAAGAACAUGCAAUCGUCAGACCAGUCUCACUUGAAAUCUCGUUUUGCUGUUUCUUACGGGACUCAGUUCAAAAACGUGCUGGUGAGAACGUGGUUGCAAUUUUAUAGAGACGUCGACUAUGUGAUGUCCAAGUUCAUGUUGAUGCUUCUUGCAGGUCUGCUCGUUGGUUUUUCUUUCUGGAACGUCAAGCACACCUCGAUUGGUAUGCAGAACCUCAUGUUUGCUUGUUUCAUGGCCGUUGUCGUUAGCGCUCCAUUAACUAACCAGAUUCAAGAAAGAGCCAUUAAAUCGAGAGAACUCUUCGAGGUCAGAGAGUCCAAGUCCAACACUUUCCACUGGUCUUGUCUGUUGCUAUCUCAGUUCCUUGUGGAGCUGCCAUACUCCAUUACUUUCAGUACCAUCUACUUCAUCUGCUGGUACUUCCCUAUCCAGCUUGACAACGAGCCUUCGAGAGCCGGACUGUGGUGGUUCUGCCAAUCUAUUUUCUUCCAGCUCUACUAUGUGUCACUGGGAUUGGCUGUCGUUUACGCAUCUCCAGACCUGCCUUCUGCCAACGUGCUGAUUGGUUUGGUGUUCAACUUCAUCGUCUCCUUCUGCGGAGUGGUGCAAAAUCCAAGUCUUAUGCCGGGAUUCUGGCAUUUCAUGUGGAGAGUGUCUCCGUAUACCUACCUUGUUGAGAACCUUGUCGGAAUCCUGCUGCACGAUAGACCUGUCCACUGCGCGGAGAAGGAGCUUAACUACCUGGACCCACCUCAAGGUGAGACCUGUGGAAGUUACCUUGCUCAGUACUUUGAAAACUACUCUGGAUACGUUGCAAACCCUGAUGCUACUUCCAAUUGCAGUGUCUGCCUGUACAAAGUUGGUGACCAAUGGAUGGAUACUGUGGGUAUGAAGUACAGUCACAGAUGGAGGAAUAUUGGCUUUUUCUGCGUUUACAUUGGCUUCAACUUGUUUGCGAUGUUGUCCUUGUACUACGUGUUGAGAGUGCACAAGUGGAAACUGCCAGCAUUUAAAUUCGGGAAGAAAUAG